AUGGAUGGCGACCGUGAACCUUUGGGCAAUGAGCACGAAGAUGCCGAUCUAGAUCCUACAACCAAUCCUUAUCCUCAGGAUGAGGCACAACCCCACUUUGACUCACAGAGUCUGCGAGUUCUUGAGGUCGCGAGCGAAGGAAACGAAGACGAGCUGCGGCUCCUGCUUGACAAAGGCGUUGAUCUGAGAGCCAAAGACGACAAUGGACGUACAGCUCUUCACCUAGCGGUGAUUAAUGAUUAUGAGCUGCUGGUAGAACUCCUGCUCAAAGCCGGCUCUAACACCGAAACUGCAGACUACAACGGAAGCAAACCGCUACAUAUAGCCGCUGAGUUAGGGAAUCUAACAUUGGUCAAGCUUUUACUACGAUUCAAUGCCGAUGUGGAGUCUUUUAAUGAGGAAACGGAAUAUACGGCAUUUUAUCAAGCACUUCUUAAUGGGCACGCGGAUGUUGCGAAGGUACUUCUCGAAAACAGAGCGGAUAUCGACACAUUGACUCCAUAUAGAUCUACUCCAUUGUUCAACGCUGUUAUCCAUGGCCAUUUGGAUAUCGUGGAGUUCUUGCUCGAGAAUGGUGCUAAUAAGUAUCUACGAGAUGACAAUGGCCAAACGGUGGAGGACUUGGCGAUCGAAGGUUCCCCCAUGAUGGAAUUGCUUCGAUCGGACCGCGUACUGCAAGGUCCGUCAGUUGAAAAUCGGAAGGCCAAACCGCAGAUUCAAUACACGGCGCCAGUCCUUCCGGAUGAUCAGAUCGAUAAAUUAAGUUGUUGUCGGGGAUUUGAAGGCACCGUUAUUGAUUUCUUUGUUGAAGGAACUGAGCAGCGAAUUGAGAAGACAAUGUCAGUGUACGACAUGCUCUAUGGAAAAGGAGCAGAAGCUAUAAUGAAUUCUGCAAAGGAGAAGAGGAUGGAUAGGCAACGCAGUUUUAGGUGGUAUCACCUGCCCGCAAAUAAUAUGGAAUGGGUGGAGAUUCUAGUAAGCCGACAUUUCGGUGAACGAGAUCCAGAGGCUGUAAUAUUGAGCGAAGAGUCAAAAUCGAAACUCGCAUUAACCAAUUCCAUCGGUCAGCAAUAUCGGGCUACCGCAACUCACUCCUCUUACAUGAGGCCCCUUUGUCGAACUGUCAAAUCUCUGGGCUCCUCUUUAGGCAAUGACAAAGCAGAACAAAUCAUGUUAACCGUUUUGCAUAUUCCGUUUCUCCAUUUUGAAACCCAUAACGGUUAUAAACGAAUGGCCGAUUUUCUUAAAGACGAAAAAGAACGAGCUCUGCAUGGUAGUCAGCUUCAGCUGAUAAAAGCACCAUCUCACGCCCCCAAGAAAAGAUAUAAGCCACGGGUGACCCGCUCUCCACGACGAAAAGAUGAAACUAAGCCGGUCGAUUCCGAAUCGGUUGAUUCCGUUUCCAGCGAAUCCAACUCCAUGUCAGGGGAUGUCGAAGAGUCCUCGCGCUUUCGACAUAUUCUACACGGAGGCGGGGCUCUCCUGUCUUCUUUCCGUAACUUCGGUGAUAAAGUUCGGCAAAGAUCAAGUCAAGUUGCGAAGAUGUUACGAUUGUCACCAGGCCAUCAGGAAGACCUAGAGCAAGGAAGAGCUACUACAAGCAUCCAGGAUGAGAAAAAGGACACCGACGAUGGCGCAAAUAAGCCAACUCAAACAAGCCAGGAGGAGAAAAAGGAGCCUCAAACUAUCGCUGUCGACAAAAGUGGCGAACCUAGCGGAAGGAUACUGCCGAAAGAGGUACCAAAACCUGGAUUCAAAUUAAAGGAGAAUAAGACGGAGAAUCCACCACUUACAAACGUCGGCGUAGUUGGAAGGGAUACUGAACACUCGGUUAACACAGAAAUUUUACAGCCUCCACUCAUUGAUAUCCCAAGAAUGAACACUGGGAGCUCUCUAGAUACGGAAAACGUACAUAUUCCAACGAUCAGCGUAAGAAGAGACACCGGAAAUUCCGUAAACUCGGAAAACUUGCUUUCAUCACACCCCACUGUUAGAAGGAGGAACACAGAUAACUCCUUAGCAGAAAGCACAAACUCGAUGGCUCAGAAAUCACAGGAUAUCCCGACACAUAAAGUCCAUUGGGGAAAAGCAAAAGACACCUUAGAUACACCGACCGCUACAAACUCCAGCGCAAACCAUGGCAGAAUUCCUCGGAGGGCUGAUGGUCAGAGAAUCGAACAAAUCCGAAUGGCCUCUAGAAUUAACACAAGUGACACAAAUCGAGGAAAUAUGGUCGAUAUAAUCGAAGAAGGUUCCACAGCAGCCGAACCUCGUGGAGGGGCAGCAAAUACGACCGUGAAACAGGAUACAAAACCUGAGCCCGCAAAACGGCGGAUACCCUUCGACGAGCAUCUCGUGAAAGGAUACUUAUUACCCUCGAACCCUACAGACUCCCCUCUCCAACUCAGAAGAACUCUUGACCAAUACUUCUACACCCAUCUCUCAACCACUGCCGCGAGGGACAGUAGUCAAGUUGUCUUCCGAUACACGGAGAGGAAUUCACCAGAGCCUAAAAUCUUUAUGGUAGAUCAAUUGUGGCUCUGGAUACUCAAUGAUGACACUGUUAUUAGCUGCUUUCCCCAACGAUGGGACGUCUGGUCUGCUCAACAACCACCUAUAAUUGAAGAAGAAACUGUCCCUCCAGUUGACCUUAAAGGUCCUGAACCUCCUCCCCCGGCUCCGGUCGCCUCCCACGAACCUUUCAGCCACGGUAAAUGGAAGGAUAAAAGCAAAAAUGAAUCGGGUCGUGUGCUGGGAUGGAUGGCAGGUAAAAAGGCAAAAGCGGGGAAUAUCCGGAAGGAUUCUCAAAUUAGAACACAAAAAUGGAGGGAAUCCUUAGUUAUCGAGGAACCGUGGUAUCGAUAUGCGGGUAGCGGCAGCAGUCGGUCUUCCACUAUCGAAAGAAGACGUUUAGCAUUACUCAAACGAGACCCUUUGAACGUCCACCAGAUGAUACUUAGUCAUAUCGGACUCAAGACGCGAGAUCCACUUACGUCAGCGCACGACUUAGCGCAUUUGAUCACGGAAUUUUGUAUAGGUUUAUUUGAUCAAUAUCGAGUUCCAGAUGAGUAUCAGUUUUUUGACUUUUUCGAACGUUCCAUUGGUGCUGUGAUUGAUAAAGAAACCCAAUGUUUUGAGGCAUUUGCAACUAGACUCGCCAAAACAAGCUCUGGUUCAAUUGCUAGCUCAGAAGUUUUCUCCAUCAGUAAUGAAACAAAACUGUUAGUUGAAGUCAAGGAUAUCAUCGACGAACUUGGAAUUUUGCACAUGAUCUUAAGUGAUCAAGCAAAACCUGCAGAAGACUUUUCCAAGCUUUUUGCGGAACACAAGAAAAUCAAAAAUGGAAGUAUCAAUGAUGAAAACUCCUCGUCAAUUCGAUAUCCAGUGCUUGAGAACCAUUUAUACCGAGUGGAGAAGAUGCAGAAACUCGCGAAUCAGACAUACAAAGCACUCUAUAACCUUCUUGACUUGAAACAAAAACAAAACAACGUCUCGGAGGCCCUCUCCGCACGUAAACAGGCAGAAACUGCUUCAGAUCAAGCUAAAGCAACCACUGAGCUUACCGAAAGGGGACUGGAGAAUGCUAACCUCGCCCGCAAGCAAGCAGAUGAAAGCAUACGUCAAGGAAGGACUGUGCUGGUUUUCACAGUGGUGACUAUUAUAUUUCUUCCAUUAUCGUUUAUGGCUGCGUUCUUUGCUAUUAAUCUCGAUGCGUUUCCAUGGAACACAGGAGGCAAGCUGCCAAUGGAUUACGUGUUAAGAUAUAUGUUUAGCAUCUCCGGAGCGAUAUCUAUUCCCUUCAUUCUUAUUGCGUUGAACCAAGAUCGGAUUGCGAGGUUUUUGAAGGCUUAUGGCAAACCAACUGCGACGGGCGUUUCUAUUAUUGUCCUGAUGGUGAUUCUUCUUUCUGUGAUUUGGACAAGAGGUACUGCUCCGGGAAUGAAAGUUGCUGUAACUGUCUUUAUCGUUCUGCUGGCUCUCAUUUGCUUUGCAGUUCGCGGUAUAUACCGGCUAUUUAACAAAAAGGCGUUUGGAACAACUAGGGACAGCUAUUCACCAUCCUCGUGGUAA